CCACCUCCCAGCGGCUGACUCGACUCCCUCGCCUUCGCGGCCCGCCUCUGCUUCUGCCCCUCCCGGCAGAUGGCCGCGAGGGGGAGGCGCCUGGACACUAAAGGCCGCCGCGGCCUCUCCGGGGCCGCUCCCAAGGCGGCGGGGACGGGCGUGAGGGAGGCCGGGUGCUUCCCUCACCGGGCCCGGAGCGGUCGGGGGGGCGGAGCCGGAGCGAGAGUCAAGGCGGGAGACCCUCGGAUAUUCCCCGGCGAAGAGGAGGCGGGACCGGGCUGCCUCGGCCUCCCGUGUAACGUUAUGCCUGUGCUCCCGCCCCUCUGCGGGGCAACCGGCCGGGUGUUUUGCAGGCCCGGCCUGGCGGGGAGGAGUCCUCGAGGUCGCGUUGCUGAGCUUCCCAGCCGCCGAAAGGCCGCGAGGUACCUCUGGCGAGAGAAGGAGGAGGAGGAGGAAGAGGGAGAAGGCAAGAAGGGACCCAGCCGCUUCGCUUUGAACCUAUGGAAGGACUACAGGAUACUUUGUACACAGAAAAACCAACAAAGUGGAGUCAACCACAUGCAGCAGCAGCUUCAUGGGCUUGAAGGAUCACUUGAAGCAUGACCUUGGGCACCUCUAUGAGGAUACAUCAGAGACUCAAAUAAGUGCAAUAGCACCUUGGUCAAUGAUAGAAAAGCCAACUAUGGAUAAAAUUAAUUCUAGAAAGGAGGAUCCUAAGAAAGAACUGUCUGAAGAAACCGGAACCUUCAGUUGUGAUUCUAAGAAAAAUACAAAUUCUGAUAAUGAAUUGGGAAAAGCAACUAAAAUUAGAACAGAACCAUGCUCCUUAUCUAAGGAUCACAGACAGACGUAUCCAUCUUUAGAACCACAUAUACUAAAGCGCAAUGAAAUUUUACAAGACAUUAAGUUAGAGGAAGUUCAGAUAGGAACUAAAGAAAUUAAAAAGCCUCCUGAUAUGGUGAAAGAAUAUCAAACCAAACUUGACUUUGCACUUAAGUUAGGUUACUCAGAAGAGCAAGUUCAACUUGUGCUGAAUAAACUUGGUACUGAUGCUUUAAUCAAUGAUAUAUUGGGGGAGCUGGUCAAACUUGGAAAUAAAACUGAGGCAGAUCAGAGUGUAAGUUCUAUUAACACUAGUGUAAUGCGAGAAGCAUCUUCUGUUGACUCUCAGAGAUCUGACUCUCCCCUUCAGGAGGAUGUGCUUGUGGAUGGUGACAACCUGAGACCAAUAGUUAUUGAUGGCAGCAAUGUGGCAAUGAGCCAUGGAAACAAAGAAGUAUUCUCUUGUCGUGGGAUAAAACUGGCCGUGGACUGGUUUUUGGAAAGAGGACACAAAGAUGUCACAGUGUUUGUCCCAGCAUGGAGAAAAGAACAGUCUCGACCAGAUGCACUCAUUACAGAUCAAGAAAUAUUGCGUAAAUUGGAAAAAGAGAAAAUUCUGGUGUUCACUCCAUCACGGCGAGUUCAAGGGAGAAGGGUGGUAUGCUAUGACGACAGAUUCAUAGUGAAGUUGGCUUUUGAGUCAGAUGGUAUAAUUGUAUCUAAUGAUAACUACAGGGAUCUAGCUAAUGAAAAGCCAGAAUGGAAGAAAUUUAUUGAUGAACGACUCCUGAUGUAUUCAUUUGUCAAUGACAAAUUCAUGCCUCCAGACGAUCCUCUCGGCCGACAUGGCCCAAGUCUGGAGAACUUUCUGAGGAAGAAACCUGUUGUACCAGAACAUAAGAAGCAACCCUGUCCAUAUGGGAAGAAAUGCACUUAUGGACACAAAUGCAAAUAUUACCACCCAGAAAGAGGAAAUCAACCUCAGAGAUCAGUAGCUGAUGAACUUCGUGCCAUGUCUAGGAGCACAGCUGCCAAAGCUGCUAGUGAAGGAGGGCUAGUGAAAAGCAACAGCGUUCCUUGUAGUACUAAGACAGAUAACACUACAGAUCUCAAGCGAACUACUCCAAAGAGGCAAUCGGAUCCUAGCAUAAGGACUCAAGUCUACCAAGACUUGGAAGAAAAGCUUCCCACCAAAAAUAAAUUGGGAACCAGGUCUGUACCUUCUUUAGUUAGUAUACCAAGUUCUGCUGCUGCAAAACCCCAAAGUACUGCACCUUUAACCAAUGGCCUUCCAUCUGGAGUUCAUUUCCCACCUCAGGAUCAAAGACCACAGGGACCGUAUUCUCCAGUAAUAAUGACAACCAAAAACCAUGGAACGCCAAUGCCUUAUGAGCAGUAUCCCAAAUGUGAUUCUCCUGUGGAUGUAGGUUAUUACUCUAUGCUCAGUGCAUAUUCAAACCUAAGUAUCUCUGGUCCCCGAAGUCCCGAACGACGUUUCUCUUUGGACACAGAUUACAGAAUUAGUUCGGUGGCUUCUGAUUGUAGUAGUGAAGGGAGUACGAGUUGCGGCAGUGGCGAUUCCUACAUGGGCUACAACGAUCGAUCCUAUGUGAGUUCUCCUGACCCUCAACUGGAAGAGAAUUUAAAAUGUCAACAUAUGCAUAGCCAUCUGAACUCACAAUCCUUCUUACAGAGUUACCAUGAUACGCUAACCAGAGUGCAGAGUUAUAGUCAUGAAGAACCAAAGCAUCAUCCGAAGCCUCCCGCUCCAUACAUGGCCAUGCACUUUCAGCACCCAAACUUGGGAAGCCGUUCUACUUGUCCUAUUGACUACCCUGCUUCUCAGAGUUCACAGCAUUCAAAAAGCAUGCCUCUGGGGAGAGCUCUUGCAUCCACAAGACUGGACAGUGUAUCAGACUCACGUUUGUAUGAUAAUUCUCCAUUGAGAAAAAGAAAAACAUACUCCGCUCAAGAUGGACUCGGUAGUUGGGAUAGGCCAGGCUAUGGGAUGGAUACAUAUGGCUAUCGUCAGACUUACUCUUUACCCAGCAAUCCCACCCCGCCAUGUUACGAGCAGUUUGCUUUCCAAAGCUUACCUGAGCAACCCGAUCAGCCUUGGCAGAUACCUUACUGUGGAAUGCCUCAAGAUCUUCCAAGGUACCAAGACAGUCGAGAGAAAGUCUACAUCAACCUGUGCAACAUUUUCCCGCCUGAUCUGGUGAGGAUUGUUAUGAAAAGGAAUCCUCACAUGGCAGAUGCUCAGCAGCUUGCUGCAGCCAUUUUAGUGGAGAAGUCUCAGCUAGGUUAUUGAUGACAUGAUAGUGAUGAUGCAUCUUUAUGGUGUCUAUUAGUUCAGUUUCAGCUGUAUCGCUGAGGGAGGUUUGCUACAAUAGCAUUUGUGAUCUCCUUCUCAGCAAGGAGGUUAUAUAGUAAUCCAUAUAUGUGAAAUACUGUGCCAUGGAACCUGUGUGUACAACCCCAGAAGUAACAGGAUUUAUUUUAAAUACUCAGUUUUAUAAAAAAAAAAAAAAUCAUGGCUGGAAUGUCUCUCCAGCUGAAUAUAUUAACAACUAUGAUGUCUCAAGUAAGAAUCCCUAGUGCAUGUGGGUUUUAUAUGCAGCACUUUUUAAUAUUUGUUACAUAUUUAUUAAAUUAUUGGGUGUUUUAUCCUUCAAGUGCAAAGCAUUUUUUUCAAAACAGCAGAAAACUGAAGAGGAUUUUAUGUGCCCAGCCAACUUUUUUUUCAAGUCAAGCUUAUUAGGAUCUAUUUUUUCAUAAUUAAGUUAUUUAAUUUUAUUGUGUGAUUUUUCUUUGUAUAUAAUCAUUUUAUUUAUAGAAAACAACAGUCUUUUACAGCACUGAAUUUUUUUAAUGUAUAAGUUACCAGUUUUUACAUUGAAAUGGGUAACAAUAUAUUAGUACUUUAUAGUAUGGCACUUUUUAAUUUGUUUGGCUAUGGAUUUAAUUUAUUUGUUGAUUACUGUUAAUUUUGGUGUAAGCAGAAGCAAUCAGUAGGAGAGAAACCUGUUUUUAUUUAUUAUGCAGAUGAAAAAAACUUUAUGUGCAGGUUCUGAAAUUAUUGAGCUUAUCCAGUUCCUGACUGUCACAACUUUGACCACAAAUAUAUCCGUUUAGGCAGCAGUCUUGUGCAGCCAAUGUACAUUUCCAUUAAUCAGAAAUGGCAUUGAAAAGUGUAUCCCUUGUUCCUUUACUUAAUGCACAGGUAUUUCAUAAAAUAACUGUUUUUAAAGAAACAAAUUGUGUUCUCAAUGCAAUUUUUGUAUAUAAGAUUGUGUAUUUUCAUGCUAUUUAUUGAGAAGGUUUUAACAUUGUGUUCAGGAUAUGCAACAUCUUAACUGCACUAUAGUAAUGGUAAUUAUAGAUGAAAACAGCACAUUCUUUUUGUGAAAUACUGUAUAGAAUUAGCUUUGUCUGGCCUAUUGCAUUAUAUAGGCCCAAUUCUUGCCAUGAACAACAUAGCUUUAGAAGUAGACACUGUCAUCUCUUCUAGUAUUAGUAUGGGAGAUUUCUGGUUUUAAGUUUUGAACUUUUCUAGCUCUUGUAAAAUGUAAUUUUACAUAAAUAGAAUAACAGUAGAUCUCACAGUGCCUGAUACAGUAAACAUCGUGAUUGACUGCUCAUAUACUAGAAGUCCCUUUAGAGCUUCACACUGUGAUGAUUCCCAAGUUUAUAUAAUUAUUGCUGAUAACUGGGUAGAGGACUGCAACUUGAAGAUGCUGUAGAACCAGAAAGUACCUACGCUGUUGAUACAAAUUGUAUCUUUAACUAUUAGAACUAUUUAAUUUAUAGAUCUAACUUUUAAAAAGAACAUUGAAUUGUGUGAAAGUGAUUUUAGACUUUGGGCAACAUUUUAUCUCUUAUUUUUUAAAAAAAAAAAUUAGUUCAAACCUAAACUUUUUUUGUUUUGUUUUAAUACCCCCUUGACCAUUUAUCAUAAAACUGAGUAGCUAAAAAUAAUGAUAAAAUGCUGCCUAAAAAGAUGUCCAAGCACCUUUUGAAUACAUUUUCACUACUUACGCAACACCAUGUGUUGUAAGAAGUAGGAUGUUGAUACACAGUAAAUGCUUCUGCAAAGCAUUAUACUUUUAGAGGUAUCCAGUAAUCUGAACCAUGUUCAGCAACUUUAAUUCAGGAAUUAUUCUUCUACAGUGUUCACUAUUGUAUAAUCAAAGAGGAUAUCGCUUCUGUUAGGUUCAACUUAUAUUUUGUCCAUGUCUCCUGAAGAAAAACCUCUUUCAAUAUUUCUUUAUUUUGUCGUCAACUUCCUUGUUUUUACAGAAACUUGCUUUUGCAGAAUAUAUUUUGUUGGAGAGAUUGUACAUUUUGCAUGGGUAUGCAGAUCCUCUUUCCUAUGAUAUAGAACUGACUUGUUGCAGUGGGCUUAUUAUUCACAUGUAACUUCAAAGAUUUGAUAACAAGUAUUCAUGCAUCCUUAAAAUAUAACUGGAUUGUUGCGGCUGGUGAGGGCGAAAUGCAGAAACAUGACUUCUGGAAUAGAAGCGUUUUAUAUUUAUUUUCAGUUGAUAUAUAUGGAAUCAUACUUAGGAUUGACUGCAGCAUCCUUUCUUGAAAAAAGGAUAUGAUUGUACAUUGGGUGUUAUAGUGUUAAAAUGUGCAAUUGCUGGACCUGGGUAAUGCAGAAUUUAAACGCAUUGAAGAGAAAUGUGCUGGUUUAACUGAAUUUGGAGCUCAUGGCAGCUCUGCUUUGAUACUCCUCUUCAGAGUUGAUAUGGUCCUCUCUAGUUACAAUUAAAAGCAGGUUUCUCCUCCAUCCCACCCCACGCCACAUUAAUGUCUCGGUUGUGUUCCACUGCAAUAACUUAACAUAACUGGCUCUACUGUGUACUGCAUUUUACAGAAAGCGCCAGAGUGUGAAAUAAUCCAUUUUCUGCCCUCAUUCUAUCAUUCUUUAGUAUGAAUACUUGGUUUGGGCUAAGUGUAAUUCUGCCAUCUUAUAAACGGUUGAAUUUGAUUAAGCUCAUUGUUGUUCCUUUUUGUGCUUCACAGGUCUUUAAUAAGCUAUUUGAGUAAAGAGUAUUCUUUUAAGUUCUAACAUUUAGAAAAUCCAGGAAUGUUUGGUUACCUGUUACCUGCAUAUCUUAUGUGGUCAGGGUGUAGAAGCAGGAAAGCCAGAUGAAAAUCCACUGUUAACUACCUAAGGCCUCGUAAGGUCCAAAAAAACUCAAGGAUCAGUCACUCACUCUUAAAUCCGAUCUGCUGAACAGGCUUGCUCUUGCUGGGGGGAAAAAUUGGGAGGCAGAAAUGAAUUAUUCACCUCCCUGAGCUCCUGGAAGAAAGACGGGAUAUCUAACAUUCAACCCAAUGAUUUACUGUUGACAGCUUUAAUCCUUUAGUUCAACUCUUUUUGUCAUGAUACACCAGAUAUUCAGAGGUUGCUGUUAUUGUUCACCUCCUGAAACUGGUUCUUCUAGAAUAUAUUUUAGGUUUUCAGAAAUGCUGUGUUGUGCUGGAAUAAAAAAGAGAGUAAUUAUAGUAAAUCUGAUCUAUUUCGUAUCAAAUGCUUGAUGAAAUUCAGAAAUACACCCACCAACUGUAUGCACUUCCAUUAACAGGAGGAGUAUUUACAUGAUCUCAAAAAGAGUCUUUUCAGUGAGCAAAUUAAAAAAGCAUGCAUGAUUGGUGCAUUCAUGCAUAUCAAUUUUGGAUCCAGGCAAUUAUGAUUGUAAAGUUUAAAUGUAAUUUUAUUGGGUAAAUUUUUAGCUUUGAAUGUUCUACAAUUUACACUUUGUUCCACAAUUACAGAAGUUGUCCUGGACAAAAUGAAAAUAUAACUAUGUUAUUGCUUGGCAGUUAGCUGAUGGAUAUCAAUAAUUGGAACCAUUUCAGUAUGUGUAAUCUACUGAUACAUAGGAGUUCAUAGUGUUAUAUUUUGUACAAAUACCUACAUUUGUACAAAUACUUUUUAAAGAUAAACUGAAGUUUUCAGAGGCUUUGUGUGUGUCACAUUAACAUUUUUGAAACCUCUAAUCUUUUUAAAAUAUGUUUUCUUAGAUAUGAGACACAAAUAUUACUAGUUUUAGGAAAGCAUCAUUGUAUUGUUAUAGCUAACCUUUUAUUCCUAAAUUCCCGGGCGUAUCAAAAAAUAUUUUUUAUGAGAAAACAUAAUUGCAGCCGCUUCUUUGUGCAGCUGCUAUGCAUUAGAAUGUCAUUUUAAAUCUGAUAAUAAUACGGAAAAUAAAACACAAUAUUGAUGCUUCGUGGUAUAGAGAAGGCUUUCCUUUACAUUAUUUCUACUGCCUUGCUGGCAGGAAUUUUUCACUUCAAUGCAGAGGGUUUCUCUCCUUUUACAAUUUUAAACUACAACAGCAGCAAUCUGCAAAUGACCCAUUCAAUACUCCCCAGUCUUUAGCUACUUUCUUAGUUGAAAGAAUGGUGUGAUCUUACCCAAAAUAUACCAGGUUCUUGAAAUAGAGGUGGGUAGAGUUGGAGCUCUAAAAAACAAGGGGGAGGCGGAAUAACAGAAUGAUUGUGAAAAACCUCAGCAAUAACAAAACCAAGAUGUUUAUCAUGGUUGCUUCUAUUCUUAAUGAGGUUUACAAAGAUUUGGGUAGACAAACCCAUAGCUUUAUUUCAUAACCUUUUUCAAGCUGUCUAAAUUCUCUGCUCUUUCUUCCCCUCAAACUGUUCAAUUUGGGCGUAGUCAUUAUAGAUCCAUUUAAAGCUAUGGGACUGAAAUUAGUAUCUGCAGGAUUGAAGUCCUAGUGAUUUUGCUGUAUCCGCUUUCGAUUUUAGAAAUAUUAGUAGUUUCUGUAGUAUCCAUGAAUACUGUCCAUUAUGGUACUGUCAGCAAAUCAGCAAUAAAACUUAAAUAUUCCUUAGCUUUGGAUGUUGUGUCCAUUAUAUGCUAAGUAUACAUUAAAAUGGAACAAUAUUAAAUGUUGUGAUCUAUGCCUUUUUAUUCUAAUCUCACUCUGCCCUUUUCUUCCUUUCUCUCGUGUGUAUGUGUAUUUUCAGGUUUUAUUCCUUUAAUAUUAUCCCCUCACUUGCCUAUCUUCUAUCUAGUUUAACCAGUGGUGGGUUGCUACCGGUUCGCCCUGGAUCGGGCGAACUGGUAGUGAUGGCAGGAGGCUCCGCCCACCCACCCGGACAUCUCUGCACAUGCGCAGAAGCAUCUCAAGUGCAUGCAUGUCCACGAGCAAACCAGUAGCAACGGGAUUUGAAACCCACUACUGGGUUUAACUUACUUCUCACAACAAAUCCACUUUCUACUUGCCUCCUCUAAGAGCUACUCAAAUUAUUUACUUCCAUUCUGUGCCUACCCUUUUCUUGUGAUACACACCCAAAUAGCUUGUAACACCUAUAUGCAAAUACCACGUUUUAGCAGAGAAAAUAGAGUCUGGCCUUUUAAAAAAUAUUCAGUAGUAUUUGUGGAUAUAUUUCCUAAUAUUGAAAUGUUAAAUAUACCGCUAAUUCAUAUCUGUUGACAUGUCUUGAUAAAAUAAUAAAGAAAACCAGUUAUUUUGUUAUUUGUGCCUGGAAAAUUUAAUUCUUAAAGCAUAAAUUAGUAAAAUUGAAACUUAAAAUAAGGUUGAUACAUUCAAGAUCCAAGUUCAAGGCAGAUUGAUAUGCAUUAUAGAGUCAAGCUGUAGGUGGUAUUGUAUUUAACCAUUGAACAAACCUUUAAAGCUUACACUUGAUGAUAAAAUGGUCCAUAUUUCUGUAAUUUGUGGCUAUCUACAUCUUAUUUCAGUAUAUAUUUCAGCAUAGUUGAAACUGUGAUGAAUUCUAUAUGUGCAGAAAUGAGAGUUUAGAUGCUUAAAUGGUGCUAAUACUAAAUAGCAUUAUACAUUAUCAAUUUGAUAUUUUUUUUUAAAUGCCCAUUAAGUUAGUUAAGAUCUGUGUGUGUCCCAAAGGUGCUUUUUCAAGAGGCAAUUGGACUUUCUUUGUUUUUGCUGUAAGACGUUUCGCUUCUCAUGCAACAAGCUUCUUCAAGUCCAGUUGCCUCUUGAAAAAGCCCCUUUGGGACAACCGUGACCUGGAUGACUGAAACAUUGUUCUGUGUGUGAGAACUUCAGUUUUGCCGCUGUGGGUAUUGUCUUAAUUAGGCGUCCCAUUAUUGCAUGUUAUGCUAUUGCCAAAUGCUACAUUUUGGGAAACCUGUUCGCCACUGAUACUAUUAUCUAGUAACUUGUCCUCUUUCACUCUGGCAAAAUUUAUGCUAGAGCCAAAGAGAAAGUAUGGUAAGAGGAGGUCAUAGCUGCUGCUCUUGUGUUUCCAAGCAGUCCAUGUAGAAAACUACACAUCCAGCGAUGCCAGUACAUAUGUACCAACCUAUUACUUUCAAUCAAAGGGAGUUUCAUACACACAAUAAAAUUCAUAUAACUGCCUUCACCUUCAUCAGACAUUCAUUAAAUAAAUGGAGUAUCCUAUGCAAGCAGGGAUUUAUAUGGACUGUAGCAUAGUUUUAGAGAAUGCCUAAAUGCACACAUUAAUAUUAAUAGUGUACCUAAAACUACAUAAUUGCAUCAUUGACUAUUAAGACCUUUUAAUGAUCCUCAGCGCUCACCAUACAUUUCUAGCUGCAAGAGAAUUUUUUUAAAAAAAUUAAAUAACAAUACCCACUUUCAGAAUUAUUUGUAGGAAAGAUAACAGAAUAACAGAGUUAGAAGGGACCUUGGAGGUCUUCUAGUCCAAACCCCUGCUGAAGCAGGAGACACUAUACCCAUGAUGGUGAACCUGUGGCACGUGUGCCAGAAGUGACACACAGCCUGUCUGUAGGUAGGCAUGCCGUUGCCAGCUGCUCUUCUGGUUUCUGUUGCGUGCAUGCACACUGGCCAGCUGGUCUUUGCAUCUGCCAGAGCACCAGAAACCUGAAGACCAUGUGGUCUUCGGGCUUCCGGUACCCGCACGCGUUCCAGUUUGGGCACUUGGUGCCAAAAAGGUUCACCAUCACUGCACUAUACCAUUUCAGACAAAUGACUGUACAAUCUUUUCUUAAAAGCCUCCAGUGUUGAAGCACCCACAACCUCUGGUGAAAGAGGAAUCUGGAAAAAUGUUCAUCUUUUCAUUGAUUAUAUUUUUUCCGUGAUGGGAUUAUCCACAUCCAGUAACCAGUAUUUGGCCUUAUGAAAAAGGAGGUACGCAUGAAUUCUGCUUUGAGAUAAAAGUUUUAAAGGCCUAGAAGAACCAUCACCACCAUCUCUUUCACAAGAAAAGGACUGAGAAAAAAUGGGUGGUCCUUAUGUCAAGUUAUUGGGUUACAAAAUGGCGGACCUGUGGAAAGUAGAAACACAGACAAGUCACUUUUGAGGUCACACUAACAUGUAUUAGUGGAAUACAGGAUUUGUUUAUCAGUGCACAUCAGGAGACAAGAUAUUUUCAGGGUAUUUCAGUCAUAUUUAUAUAUAUAUCAUCUAUUUUCUAACUGCCCAUCUCACAGAGGCGCUCUGUUACUGAAUUCAUAAAUAUAAGAAAGCGAAAGCAUCAGUAAAAGUUCAACUGAGAACUGUUUAUUUAUACAUCACAUUCAUACACUGCCCAUCUACCUCAUAGAGUGACUGGGCAGUAUAAAUAGGCAUGAAAACCAAACAAUAUAUACAGUAGAUAUUACAAUAAAAAGCAGUUAAAAACAAGAAUAAAAUAAUUAAAAGGCGGAGGAUGAGCUUCAGGGUGCUAACCAAAGCAAGUUGGCAGAGCCAGGUUUUCAGACAUGCCUGAAAGGCCAGGAGAGUUUGGUCUCAACGCUGAGGGGAGUAUGUUCCGAAGGGUGGGAAAAUGGCAGAGAAGGCUCUCUUCCCGGGCCCCACCAGUCAAGCUUCUUUAACGGACGUGGUCCACUGCAUAUCUUCCUUGCCUUGCUGAAUUUUUGAAUAUGUGAAUGUCAAAUCCUUGUUUUCUUGGACAAUUUUUCUUAAAAUGUUUGUUUUAUUUUUAAUAUUUUCAAUAUAGAGGUGCAGAGUAUAUAACAGUAUAUUGUUACCUGGUUGUGGCUUGAAAUCAACUGAGAUGAAUGGCUGUAUCCAUAUGGAAAACUGAAGGUGUCAAACCUGAUCUCCCAGUAGCCUUCUGGGACUUUGUAUCCUGGCUUAUUUUUUUUUACUUUGGGGUUAAGACCCACUGCACCCACCUAUGUUUCAGGGAUUCUUAAUCAGGGAUUCACCCCCAUUUCUCUAGUGUGUUGAGUCAUGCCAGGCAGACCAUAAAAUGAUGCUGAUUUGCUACAAAUGGCUCAAUAUUUUGCCCUAAAUAAUGCAAAAAAUAAUAAUAAUAAAACUCUAGGGAAAACUUGGCAUAUCCAUACUCAGCCAGAUGGAUAGCUAAAAGACUGAAGUUACACAAAUUCCUAAUUUGUACAGAAAAAAAUAAUAUGACCCUUGUGCAAUAAAGAGAAAUAAGAAUAUAACAA